AUGGAGUGGAUUGAAGAAGAGAUAGCUGAAGAUGGAUCGAUGGAUGGUAAUACGGAUGAUGAUGAUGAUGUAGACUCUGAGCUUUCAGAUGAUGAUUUCGUGGAGCAUGAGCCUGAUGAUGAAGUGAUACAACUACAACCAUCUGAUGAUCCUUUCAUUAGAAGAGAAUUUUUCAAGCCUCCAAGAGUUGUGGAUGAUGAAAAAGAUGAUAAGAAAGAUGUCAAGAAAGAUCUUCAUAAGUAUCCAGUUCAUGAUCCUAACCAAAAAUGGGAUACAAUGUUUCCAGUCUUAGGGACUGAUUGA